CAGCGCGCAACGCGCUAAGUCGACACGUUUUUAUUUUUUUAUUUUAUUUUUUGAUAAGUUUUGUUUUUUUUUUCGUUAUCUUUAUACACCUAUCUAGUUCCGUGUAAUUUUGUUUAUAUUUUAGCGUGUAUCUUAAUAAUAAACUAAACCAUGCUUUGGUCCGUUUUGUUGGUGGCCCUGCAGUGCCACCUGUUGAGUGGACACUUUAUCAAGGAUGACCAUUUUCGUGAUAGAGAAGUGGUUCUUGCUUUUGUGGUGAACAGGCACGGCGAGAGGUCCCCAGAUGCGGACGAGCUAUCUUUUUCUGACCAGCAAGAGAAAAUAAAGAACCUCACUUACAUCGAAGGCUUGGAAGGCCUUACAAAUAUUGGUAAACAAACAGCCUUCCAAAUUGGUAAAUUCAUCAGACAGCGAUAUGGGCGCGAAGGUUUAGGGCUCCUUUCCAGCCUCUACCUCCAAGACGAAAUAUCAGUAAGGAGCACGGAUAAGGAAAGGACCAAGAUGACCGCGCAAAUGGCCAUGGCGGCGUUGUACCCCCCAGAAGUUCCCCAGCAGUGGGGUGAAGGCUUGGGAAAAGUCUGGCAACCCGUUCCUUAUACUGCUGUACCAUUGUCUGAAGAUUAUCUACGUUUCCACUCCAACUGCAAGUACUUCAAAGAGCUGCUGCAGAGGGCCAAGGAAGAAGCUUCCCACCAAGAGUUUGCUCAGUUCAAGGACCUGGCGAUAAUCCUGAAGAAGGAAACUGGCAGGAAUUUCACUGAAAACCCCCUUUUGUACCAAGUUCUAUUCGAUUUGUUCAAGAGUCAGGUCAGCCUUGGCCUAGAUGUUCCACAAUGGGCAAAACCGCUGUUGCCUAGACUAGGAGAAGCCGCCGGACUGUCUUACAGGCUGUACUUCCGUUAUGAUGAGAUGAAGAAGAUCGGUGGAGGAGUAAUUCUGAAUGACUUCAUCAAUGCUGCCAACGAUAUAGCAGCAGGCAAGCAGGUCCAGAAGAGGUUCCGCAUGUAUUCCGCCCACGACUUCAACAUCGGAGCUUUGAUGGAAGUCGCCCAGGUCCUCAAGCAUGAACAAAGCCUGCCUGAAUACGGAUCCCUGUUUGGUCUGGAGAUGUACAGGUUGAAGAGUACCGGAGAAUUAACUGUUGUGCCAAUCUUCUUGCCCAGAGCUGGCCAGUCCACGGCCCAGAACCUGCACAUCACGGGCUGCGAGAAGAGUCAAUAUUGCGACUUCAACAAAUUCAAGGUCAUAACUCAAGAGUACCUCCUUAAGGAGAAGGAGUUCUAUAACAUCUGUAACAUUAGAACUGAGCUGUGAUCAUCGAUGGAAGAAGCUGUGAUGUAGCCUUAAGAGUUAAUUUAGUUUUUACAGCGAACUACAAAACAUAGAAAUAUUCCGAAUACUCUAUUAUCGUAAUAAAAUCAUGUGGUGGGCAUGUAUACCUACGCACUCUACCGCAAUCGUCUUCAAUCUAUUGUAGCUGCUUAACAGCUGUCACUAUGGUUGAAAUCUGUAGAGCGCACUUGAACUUUGCUCAGACUUAAGACACUGUUAAAACGAGACAGCGUUAUGCCGCUGGCAUAAGUCUGUCUCAUUAUAACUGAAACUUAAGUCUACAGAAAGUCAAAGUGCUCUCUAUAGAUUUAAACGUAUGAGUCGGUCGAUCGCAGCAGCGCGAGCGGGUAGAGUCGUAAGACCCACAGUGUCAAUCAUGACCCUGUUGCAAUUUAAACAGACGUUAAUGAGACCUAUUUUCAAAUGACAAUUGGAUCGCCUUCUAUGCUUUGUCGUUCACUGGUUGUUUAGCUGUUUCCUGAUUGGUCGAUGCAUUGGCUACUUUACCGAAACGUUACCGCGUUGCUAUUGUAAAUGUGUCUAUAAUGUUUGCGCGCCUUUAGUACUCAGGGUAUCUGUGUUUUAGAUCAUAGGACUAUCAUCAUUGUCCACUAGUGGACAUAGAUCUCUUGUUGGGACUUCCACAAGCAGCCCUGCGACUCGUUUGAUGUCGCUUGUCCACUUAGUGGGGUGGUCUGCCAUAGGACCAAAUAUGGGCUAAAUACUAUGGAUUUGAUAAUCUAAACUGAUUGUCAGUAAAGCCUAGGCGCAAGGCACACCGACAGAGUCAAGGUGUGGCAUCUUUCAUGAAAUCAACUCAAUCCAAGGUUGAAAUCUGUAGAGCACACUUUGACUUUGCUAAGACUUAAGUUUCAGUUAAAACGGGACAGAUUUAUGGCAGUAGUAUAACGCUGUCUCGUUUUAACAGUGUCCUAAGUCUGAGCAAAUUCAAAGUGCGCUUAAUAAAUCUCAGCCUAAACUUCAUUUACGAUGUAGGACUUGGUUUGCGAACAUACUGGAUAUGUAACUUACAAACAUACCGAACAGCAAUAUUUUGCAAUGAAAUUCUCUUACCGUCAUUCAGUUUCCUGAAAAUCAGCGGUGAGUACGGCGAAUGCCGUUCGGCGUAUGCCGAAACUGUUCCGUCCAAUUCCCGCACAUACCGCGAAGGAAACACUCUUUGAAUAACAGCCAAUCGGUAAGCUUUCGGUAUCCAUGUUUAACAAAUACCGACUAUACGCCCUGACGCAUCGACAAGUUGGAAAAUAGCCUCGUAAUGUGUCAUAUGAUAAGUUUGUAAGACAAACUUGUCGAAUUCGAACAAACUACUUAAAGUUUUAAUAAUGGGAAGACAAUCAAGAACAAUCAAUUGUCGAUAAAAUUGUACUUAAUUAAAACUUAGGUAGGUAUCUAAUUUGUAACAAGAAAGAACAAUAUGUAUGGACUUUAAUAAAAUUGUGAUAUUGAUAUUUUUUUUAA